CAUACAAACCUAUCCAAAACACAUUUACUUCUAAGUCUUUUUGGCCUUACUGGGAAUUACUUUUGCAUACAUAUGUUUAGGUUGAAGAUGCUAAUUUUUAAUGUCUAGUUAACCAGAUGUUUUUGGCGGGGGUCUAGAUGCCAAGGGAAAAAACUAUUACAGACAGACCUCCAGUACCACAGAGAUGUGUCUUCGCUUAUGGAAGAUGCCAAUGGAAAUCAGGCAGAAAAGAACAGCUAUAACCCCUGGGGACUACACUGCCACAAGCAGCAACUCAACCGCUUAUCUUCCAAGUGUAAUGAGAACAAACAUCAUCAAUUUCUGUUGCUUGAAAAUGUGGUUUCCAAGUACAAAUAUCCAUGUAUUCUGGAUCUGAAGAUGGGAACCAGGCAGCAUGGUGAUGAUGCAUCAGAAGAGAAGAAAGCAAGGCAAAUAAAGAAGUGUGAACAGAGCACAUCAGCAUCCCUUGGAGUCCGUAUUUGUGGCCUGCAGGUUUACCAAGCAGACACUGUCCAAUAUCUCUGCAAUGACAAGUAUUAUGGGCGGAAACUCUCGCCAGAUGGCUUCAAGCAGGCUCUCUGUCAGUUCUUGCACAAUGGAAUACAUCUCAGAACAGACCUUGCCGAACCCAUUGUUUGUCAGCUGAAGGCUUUGCUAUCCAUCAUCAAAAAGCAGAGCUCUUACCGGUUUUACUCCAGCUCACUUCUCAUAAUUUAUGAGGGUCUGGAGAAAACAAUUGACAGCCAUCCUCAGGGGUACAGUCAGAACACUAGCGGUACCAUUCCACAUGAUAUCAGCAGCCCCAAAGUUGAUGUCCGCAUGAUAGACUUUGCUCACACUACAUACAAAGGCUCAAGGUAUAAUCAGACAAUCUACGAUGGACCAGAUCAUGGCUAUAUUUUUGGUCUAGAAAACCUAAUAAAAAUUAUUCAAAACAUCUCAGAAGCUGAAUGACAAUGGCUGAACUGACUUUAUGGUGGUAAAAGGCACAGCCUGCAUGUCAGGCCAAUGGUCGGAAGACCCUAAACAAAAUUGCAUGGACUGCUUUCAGAUGGAAAAAAGCCAGGAAUUGACAGCUUGUCAGAAAAGCUCUGGUCAUGCUACAUACCUCUUUGGAUUGGAUGGAAUCCAUCCUUGUUGUGAUCUGUCAGAACAUUCUUUUCCUUUCUCAUUUUCCUAUUUUCCUUCAUUCGUGAACCAGAAGAAAAUGUUAUAUGAAAGGAAUUUUAACAAUAAAGAACUUUUAAUAAUGAAGCAGAUUUACAAGGUAAAAAGGGGCCAGCCAGAUACUGUGUUCAAGAAAAAGACUUCAAUACAAGUUGGCAGGCCCUUUGAAAAUGCGCACUUAGUUUGAUGGGCCAAGGAAUUUCAUUUACACAGUCAGAUUUCACCACCGCCUUCUACAUGCUCCAACAAUUUGCACCUAAACUAGCAACUAAAUGAACUACAAACCUAUUAAUUCCUUUUUCCUUUAUAUGCUAUACAAACGUGUGGUACUGUAUGCUCCAAGGAAUGUAUUUGAGCCAAAAGGAGUGAAUGGAUAUAAUAAAGAAAAAGAAAGCAAACCAAGGCCAGAUAGCCCCUCCUGGAGAAAGGCAGGUCUUAGCCAGAAAGGAGAGGAGAUUCAUACCGUGGCAGAUUUUUUGAAGGGAAAGUGUACAGAUGAGGAAUCAGACUGGCCUUGAUUUUGAAGAUAGGUGUUCACACAUACUGGGGUAGGGCCCAAAUGUCAUCUAGAAGUUUUAUAUUUAGCUUCUAUGCAUUUGAGUGUGUGAACUAAUUUACAAAAACUUGAAAAAAUGUUUACAGAAUUUAUGAACAUUUGUAAAUAUGAAACAAAUAUUAAUAAAUUCCUUCCUGUAUCUCAUGGAAAAUGUUAGUGUGUUUUUAAAUACAGAGAUAUAAAGUCCAAUAGCAGAAUGGGAAUGUCAAGCUGUAAAUAAAUUGUACAGUUCCUGUAACAUA